AUGGAGGUGGUAUUAAACUGGUAUAAUAAUAUUCAAGCCGUUCAGUUAACCGAUUACUCGUUCAGCGGAAUCUGCGCGAUGUCAGUCCUUAACUUUACAGACGUGCCAGGCUACCUUGUCAACAAGAAAGAGACGAAAGAGAGUAAAAUCGUGUUCCAUGUUGUUAUUCGGAGGAAAACUCUUUUCUACACGGUAAUUCUGAUCAUUCCGACGGUGCUGAUGGCCUUUCUAUCAAUGAUGGCUUUCUAUCUACCGGCUGAUUCAGCAGAAAAAAUCUCGUUGACCAUCAACCUCCUGCUCGCUUUGGUUGUGUUUCUCUUGCUAGUAUCUAAGCUGCACAGUGAAGAAGGGAUCCCUUCAGAUUCUACCUCCACGUCGAACAACAUUCCGCUUAUGGGCAAGUAUCUCCUGUUAGCAUUUGUACUCAACAUCACUACUGUUGUAGUCACGGUGGUUAUAGUGAACGUCUAUUUCCGAAGCGCUAUUUCACAUGAGAUGCCGGAUUAUGUACGGAGCAUAUUUCUCGAUUUUCUGCCUCGUGUGUUGAUGAUGAAACGACCAGAGAGGAUUCCGAUUUUCAACGGAUAUUUCGUAGAGGAAUACUCCGCCUCUGAGAUAUUCGAUGCAAGUGGUCUUGUGAUGCCCUCAGUAACAGCAACGAUGGUUCCGUUUCUGCGUGUGGAAACACCUGUCCCUCAGGAACCUGUGAUUAACGAG